GCGUCGGGUCGAGUUUUUUGGGUGAAUCCCACCCUCCGCCGCUCCUCCCCCCUCCCCCCCCGCAGCUGGUUUCCGGUGGGGCCGCGGCGGGGCUCGGCUUUGGAGAUUGGCAGGUCUCCUAAGAUGGCGGACGCAGGCGACGGAGCCGGAGGGAUGGCUGGAGCGGGAGGCGCUGCCCCCCCUGCGAAACCCUCGGAGUUGGCCAGGUGGUGGGACGAGAAGCUUGACUUUCAUACUGCCUUUCUUCAGCAUCUGGCAAAAGUUGUUCCUGACAUUUAUUUUGAUGAAAUGGAUCCCUUGCCAGAGAAGGAGGAAGAAAUAGCUCAGAUGACCAUACUUUACCCUCUGGAGUGGUAUCUGUUCGGUGAAGAUCCAGAUAUCUGUCUAGAGAAGCUACGACAGAGUGGCACUCCUCAGCUCUGUGGAAAGGUGUUCAAAGGUGGAGAGACAACAUAUUCAUGCAGAGACUGUGCAAUUGAUCCAACUUGUGUACUCUGCAUGGAUUGUUUCCAGAACAGCAUUCACAAAAACCACCGUUACAAGAUGCACACUUCUACUGGAGGAGGUUUUUGUGAUUGUGGAGAUACAGAAGCAUGGAAGACUGGACCGCUGUGUACAAAUCAUGAGCCUGGAGCAGCAGGAAACAUGGAAGAGAACGUGGAAUGCCAGUUGAAUGAAGAGCUAAUAGCGCAAGCAAGAAAAAUGUUCCCUUCAGUGAUAAAAUAUAUUGUAGAUAUGACUGUAUGGGAGGAAGAGAAGGAGCUGCCUCCAGAGCUUAUAACUAGUAGAGAGAAGCUGGACAAAUACUACUGUGUCCUUUUCAAUGAUGAACAUCAUUCUUAUGACCAUGUUAUCUAUAGCCUACAAAGAACUCUUGGCUGUGAGCUUGCAGAAGCCCAGAUAUAUACUGCUGCUAUAGAUAAAGAGGGCCGGAAGGCUGUUAAGGCAGGAUCAUAUGCUGUUUGCCAGGAAGCAAAAGAAGAGAUUAAGAAACAUUCGAACAAUGUUUCUCAAGGUCCCCUAAAUGUUAAGGUUCUUCAUGUUGAUAUUAUGGCUCACCAGAAAUUUGCUCUGCGUCUUGGUUCCUGGUUAAACAAACUUAUGAGCUACUCAAGUGACUUUCGUCAGAUCUUUUGUCAAAUAUGUCUAAAAGAAGAAAUUGAUUCAGAGAAACCUUGUCUUAUAAGCACAUUGAUGCUUUGGGAUGCAAAACUUUACAAAGGAGCCAGGAAGAUCUUGCAUGAGCUAAUCUUCAGCAGUUUUUUCAUGGAAAUGGAGUACAAAAAAAGGUUUGCCAUGGAAUUUGUUAAGCAUUACAAAAAACUACAGAGCGAAUACAUCAGUGAUGAUCAUGAAAGGCAAAUUUCUGUGACAGCACUUUCAGUUCAGAUGUUCACCGUUCCUACAUUGGCCCGCCAUCUCAUUGAAGAGCAAAAUGUAAUCUCUGUCAUAACAGAGACGCUGCUUGAAGAGCUCCCCAAAUAUCUGGAUAAAAACGGCAAAUUCAACUUCCAGGAUUACAGCCAAGAGAAAAUGGGUCGAGUAUAUGCAGUCAUAUAUGACCUCAAGUAUAUUUUAAUCAGUAAGCCUACAGUGUGGACAGACAAACUGCGAGAGCAGUUUUUGGAAGGGUUCCGUUCUUUCCUGAAGAUUCUUAUCUGCAUGCAGGGCAUGGAGGAAAUAAAAAGGCAAGUUGGUCAGCACAUUGAGGUGGAUCCAGAUUGGGAAGCAGCCAUUGUCAUCCAGAUGCAACUGAAGAUUAUUCUCCUGAUGUUUCAGGAGUGGUGUGCCUGCGACGAAGCACUGUUGGUGACUGCUUACAAGGAAUGCCAUGCAACAGUUUUGAGAUGUAGUGCAAGUAAUUAUUCAUGGGACAAGACAGUGAUUCAUUUAUGUGGCCAUACUUUGGAAAGCAAGCGCUUCAGGGUGUCUGCAGAUCCUGUCAGCAUACAUCUACCAUUGUCCAGGAUGCUUGCCGGUCUGCACAUACAGUUGAGCAAAACAAAUGUAAUCUCCAGACUCCAAGAAUUCAUAACAUCUGAAGAAUUCCAGGUGCAGAUGCUGGUCGAAUAUCCUUUGCGCUGUCUUGUAUUGGUUGCUCAGGUUGCUGCAGAAAUGUGGAGAAGGAAUGGGCUGUCUCUGAUAAGCCAGAUGUUUUAUUAUCAGGAUGUUAAAUGUCGAGAAGAAAUGUAUGAUAAGGAUAUAAUUUUCCUUCAGAUUGGGGCAUCACUUAUGGAUCCAAACAGUUUCCUCUUGCUUGUACUCCAACGAUAUGAACUGCUUGAUGCCUUUAAGAGAAUUGUGCCAACCAAAGACCAGGAUUUGAAUAAGCAGUGUAACACAUUAAUAGAAGAGAUGCUUCAGGUUCUUAUCUACGUGGUGGGAGAAAGAUAUGUGCCAGGAGUCAGUAAUGUGACAAAAGAUGAUGUCACUAUGCGAGAAAUUAUUCAUCUGCUUUGUAUUGAACCAAUGGCUCACAGUGCUAUUGCAAAAUCUUUGCCCAAGGAUGAAAACAAUGAGACUGGUUUGGAGAAGGUCAUCCACAAAGUGGCCAUAUUCAAGAAACCAGGCGUAUCAGGCCAUGGAGUCUAUGAACUGAAGGAAGAAUGCCGCAGAGAGUACAAUAUAUUCUUUUACCAUUACACCAAAACACAGCGCAGCAAGGCUGAGCAUAUGGAAAAGAAAAGAAGAGUGCAAGAAAACAGAGAUGAAGCACUGCCACCGCCUCCUCCGCCUGAAUUCAGUGCUGCUUUCAGAAAUGUGGUGAACGUUCUGAAUUCUGAUGUCAUGAUGCAUAUUCUCAGAACUGUGUUGCAAAGAGCGCUAGAGCUGGAAAGCCACUUGUGGACAGAAGCCAUGAUCCAGAUGGUUCUUCACCUUCUUGCUUUGGGUCUACUUGAAGAAAAGCAGCAGUUAGAGAAGGUUCCAGAAGAAGAAGUGGCCUUUGACUUCUACCACAAAGCAUCAAGAAUGGGAAGCUCUGCUUUGAAUGCAAUGAACAUACUAAUGAUUUUGGAAAAACUAAAAGGAAUUCAACCUCUGGAAUCGCAAAAAGACAUGAUCAACUGGGUAUUACAGAUGUUUGACACAAUAAAACGGCUGAGAGAGAAGUCAUCUUUUCCCACAGCAGCCAUUGCAUCUGGGCCAGAAUCUGCAAAAGCCAAUGAGAUGCAAAGAACUCAGGACAAGGAAAAGGCUGAGAGGAAGAGAAAGGCCGAAGCAGCCAGACUUCAUCGCCAGAAGAUCAUGGCACAGAUGUCUGCUUUGCAGAAGAACUUCAUUGAAACUCACAAGCUCUUAUAUGAAAAUACUCAAGAAACACAGGGAAGGGAUGUUAUGGAAGAGGAGAGCCCACCAAUUAUAGAUUGUACCAGAAUUGCCUUGGGACCCAAGCAAGGGCCAUCUGUUGCAGAAAAAGAAGUGCUGACAUGUAUUCUGUGUCAGGAAGAGCAGGAAGUGAGGUUAGAGUGUGCUGCCAUGGUUUUAUCUGCCUGUGUCCAGAGAUCCACUGCCUUAACGCAACAUAGAGGGAAAAUGCUUGAACUUUCUGGGGAUAGAAUAGAUCCUCUUUUCAUGGAUCCUGAUUUGUCAUGUGGAACUCAUACAGGAAGUUGCGGUCAUGUGAUGCAUGCUGCCUGCUGGCAGAAGUACUUUGAAGCCAUUCAGUUAAACUCUCGGCAGCGACAUCAUGUCGAACAAGUUUUUGACUUGGAGAAUGGAGAGUACCUCUGCCCACUUUGCAAAUCUCUGUGCAACACUGUGAUACCCAUUCUUCCUUUGCAAGCGCACAAGAUAAACAGUGAGGAUGCCGAAGUGGUGGUUCAGCUUCUGUCUUUGCCAAAAUGGAUAGAGAUUGUUAUGGCCAGGAUAUCUGGUUACAACAAGAAAAACACUGAAGAAGCAAAACAGAUUGCUCCAUCUUUACGUGACAGAGAAAUGGAAGAGACUUCAUCUGAUUUCCAUUCCAUUCUUAGCUUUGGAGUAGAUCCUUUAGUUAAGUAUUCUAAUAGUAUCAAGGAGAUGGUGGUUCUAUUUGCCACUGCAAUUUACAGAAUUGGAUUAAAAGUUGCACCCAAUGAAACUGAUCCACGCAUUCCUAUGAUGACUUGGAGCACAUGUGCGUUUACUAUCCAGUGUUUAGAGAAUCUUCUGGAAGACGAGGGCAAGCCUUUAUUUGGUUCUCUGCAAAACCGACAGCACAGCGGUCUUAAAGCAUUGCUGCAGUUUGCAGUUGCUCAGAGGAUUACAUUGCCACAAAGCCUGAUCCAGCAACAUCUUGUACGUCUCCUAGGAGUUCUUCUGCCCAGUUUAAAAGUGGAAGACACACCAUCCCUUCUAGAUGUGGAUCUGUUUCAUGUUUUGGUUGGUGCUGUGUUAUCAUUUCCAUCUUUGUACUGGGAGGAUACUGUAGACUUACAACCUUCAUCGAUCAGCUCUGCCUGUAACAAUCUCUACCUCUUCCACUUGGUCACUAUGGCACACAUAACCCAAAUUAUUCUCACUACAACUACAGAGUGCCUGUCUGCACAAGCACAGCAUGACAGUGAGGAAGCACGAGCAGCUGAUUCUUUCUGUAAAGAAAUUUGCAGGUACACAAGUGGUUGUUAUAGCCAAACAGUUGCAGGCUGGUAUUUGUGGGAUUGCAUUAAGAAGGGCAUCAUGCCAUACCUCCGUUGUGCUGCUUUGUUUUUCCACUAUUUGCUGGGAGUGCCUCCACCAGAAGAACUUUCAUCGGUCUCAGAAGAAGGCCAAUUCAAGGCACUUUGUGGAUACUUGUCUCUACCCACCAAUCUGUUCUUGCUUUUCCAAGAAUAUUGGGGUACUAUAGAGCCCUUGCUCCAGAGGUGGUGUGUGGAUCCUGCAGUACUCAGCUUUCUGAAGGGGAAAAGUAUUGGAAUAAGGUACCCAAGAAAAAGAAAUAAAUUGGUGGAGCUUCCAGACGACUACAGUUGCCUUCUCAAUAAAGGCUCUCAGUUUAGAUGCCCUCGAUCCUCUGAUGAUGAAACCAAGCACCCCGUGUUGUGCCUGUUCUGUGGGGCUAUGCUAUGCUCUGAAAAUACCUGCUGUCAGGAGCUGGUGAAUGGGGAGGAGCUGGGAGCCUGCACUUCGCAUGCUGUCCAUUGUGGUGCUGGAGUGUGCAUUUUUCUCAAAAUCAGGGACUGCAAAAUUAUCUUAAUAGGAGGGAAAACCAGAGGCUCUUUCUACCCUGCACCAUAUCUAGAUGAAUAUGGAGAAACAGACCCAAAUCUGGCGCGAGGCAAUCCUCUGCAUUUGUGUCAUGAAAGGUACAGGAAACUCCACUUGCUCUGGCAGCAACACUGCAUCAUAGAAGAGAUUGCUCGAAGCCAGGAAACUAAUCAGAUCUUCUUUGGAUUCAACUGGCACCUGCUCUGAGUGUCAGACUCUUCUAGUUUACUAUGGCUGAGUCUCUUUAAAAUUUACACAUGAAAUAAUAAGAUGUUUAUUUUAAGGAGAAAUCCCUAGCCCACUAAACUAAACAGUUUUUGGUGGGUCAACUUUGCUUAGAGAAAUACGCAUGCACACAACCUCUCAGUGUGAUUACUGAUUGAUCAGAACCAGAAAUUGCUGGGUUCUGUAGAAGCGGGUUGGUCAGUGGAUGUCUUUGGGGGAAUUACUUUUCCGCCGGAGUCUGCUUUUCAUAGGACUAACUUAGGUGCUUCAAUUUUACGCCUGUCAUCUUUUGAUGAAAGGAUCAGAUAAUAUUUCCCUUCAUGUAUAUCAGCAGCAGUUCAGAAUAGAACUGCUAUUACUUAAAUGGCUCCAGUGCAUCUGAAUAUGAGAACAAUGUACUUAAACCUAUUUAAUCCUUCCUUCCCCAACUCUGCAUCUGGCUUCCUCCUCCAGCUUAGCAGCACUCAGAGUAGCCACACCCUGUGACUGGCGUGGUCUGUGACUUAUUCUUAGGGGAAGUAGUGUUACCAGGCAUCUAGUAAUCCAUAGGAACCGUGUGAGGAUGGAGCAGCGCAGGUAAAAAUUGCACGGGGG